UGUGCAUUGUUUAAAAUGCAGGAAUACAUAAUCCGUGUUCAGAGAGGAGUUUCAGCAGAAAACAGCUGGCAGAUUGUGAGACGAUACAGUGACUUUGACUUGCUUAAUAAUAGCUUGCAGAUCUCAACUCUAAGUCUACCUCUUCCUCCAAAGAAAUUGAUUGGAAAUAUGGAGCGUGAAUUCAUAGCUGAAAGACAGAAGGGACUCCAGGCCUAUCUCGAUGUAAUUACUACUCAUCACAUACUGUCUAACUGUGAACUGGUAAAAAAAUUCUUGGACCCAAACAGCUAUUCUGUAAACUACACUGAAAUUGCCUUACAGCAUGUUUCAAUGUUCUUCCGAUAAGACCCAAAGUGGGAAGUGGUAGAACCAUUAAAAGAUAUAGGUUGGCGAAUACGUAAGAAAUACUUCUUAAUGAAGAUUAAGAAUCAACCAAAGGAACGGCUCAUGUUAAGCUGGGCUGAUCUGGGCCCUGAUAAAUACUUGUCUGACAAAGACUUACAGUAUGCUGUGAAACUUCUUUCUUCCUGUUCUCAUCCCUAUAUUUACAAAAUCACUUUUGCCACUGCCAAUGAAUCUUCAGCGCUGGUUAUUAGACCAUUCAGUGAAAAAGGGACACUAAAGGACCUUAUUUAUAAGGCAAAGCCAAAAGACCCGUUCCUGAAGAAGUAUUGCAAUCCUAAAAAAAUUCAAGGUCUUGAACUUCAGCAAAUAAAAACAUAUGGAAGACAAAUAUUAGAGGUAUUAAAAUUCUUGCAUGAGAAAGGAUUUCCUUACGGCCACCUUCACUCUGCCAAUGUGAUGCUGGAUGGGGACACCUGCAAGUUACUGGAUCUGGAAAACUCCUUGUUGGGACUUCCAUCAUUUUAUCGAUCAUACUUUUCACAGUUUCGGAAAAUUAAUACUUUAGAAGGUGUUGAUGUACAUUGCUUUGGACACUUACUGUAUGAAAUGACAUAUGGAAGACCCCCAGAUACGAUUCCAGUAGACAGCUUCCCUCCUGCACCAUCCGUGUUUGUUGUGUCUGUGUUGGAAUCCAUUCUGACCUGUGAAGCUAUGAAGAAUGGCAUGCCAACUGUUUCACGGCUCUUACAGAUGCCGUUAUUCAGUGACGUCCUGCUAACAAACUCUGAGAAACCACAGUUUAAGAUUCCUACUAAGCUAAAAGAGGCAUUGAAAACCUCCAAGGAAUGCAUAGAAAAACGAUUAACAGAAGAACAGAAAUUGAUUCACCAGCACAGAAGGCUGACAAGAGCUCAAUCUCAUCAUGGCUCUGAAGAAGAAAAAAAGAAAAGGAAGAUCUUAGCACGAAAAAAGUCAAAACGCUCUGCCUAUGAAAGCGGGGAAGAACACUCAGCAAAAUACAGCAACUCAAAUAACUCAGCAGGCUCUGGGGCGAGUUCCCCAUUAACAUCUCCAUCAUCCCCCACUCCGCCCUCUACAGCAGGAGCAUCGUCGAUACCCCCAGCACCGCCACCCCCCCCCCUGCCACCUUCAGCUCCUCCUCCGAGUACAGAGGUGCCAACGCAGCCGAGCCCACAGCCCAGCGUCAGCGCAAGCCGAGGAGCCUUACUCAGCUCCAUUCAAAACUUUCAGAAAGGAACUCUGAAGAAAACACAGACCUGCGACUACAGUGCUCCCAGGAUCAGCUGAGGCCACUGGUCACGCCAGGAUUGAACUCCCUCUCCCCCUCCUGUGCUGUCUGGGAAGGAGACCCCCCCUGACCGGCGACUGAUCCACCAGCAUAUAGCAGCUAAUCAUGCUGUAGCUCCAUUUACCCCUAUCUAUCUAUCUAUCUCAGCUUUUCUCGAGAAGCAGCACUACCCUGUCUGAAUUGCGUUGCCAUGCUAAAAGUGCUCCAUUCUUUACUUGGGUUCAAGAACUUUUGUUCUCUAGCUACAGUUUCAGGGGUACAGCAACUUCUAUAUAGCUCAAUAAAAAUCUGAAAAUAGGAAUGACCAUGAUCAUGGUGAAUUAAUGCAUUUUUCUUCUAGCUCUACUCCACCCCUUUUUUCAAAUUACAGAAAGGCAGUUCUAGUCUGCUCAGUUUUUCAACACUUUUCAUGCAGUUGUAACUCAUCUUAAUUCUUGCUGCACUGAAUCAGCGUGUUUUGUUUUAGAUAAUCCAAUACCCUCUCCCCCCAACCCUUAAAGCAUACUGCACAGGUGAGGGAACUGGAGAAUUAAGUCUUAUUCCCACCAUAUUUGCUGGUGGAAUAAAAAAGCUGUUUCAUUAAACUUGUUUAAAUAGACAUCCUACCCAUAACUCUAAGGGAAGGUGUUUUUAAAUGAGGAAACAGUUGAAAUGGGAGUUAAUAGGGCACUGGGAUAUUAUUCGUGAUUUAGUUAAAUGCGAAGUUACUUCAAGUUAAUUCUACAGCUUAAACUUUAUUGAAAGAUCAUUUUUGAUUUAAAACCUUAAAC